AUGGGUUGGAGCAAUUUCCAGCUAGCCGUGCCUGGCAGCAAUUCCCUCUACAGCGGUAUCGCCGCAGUCUCUCGCCAUCCCAACACCAUGGAGCUUUGGUCCAUUGGCCAGGAUGGCUCUGUCAACGGCGAAUACUGGUACGCAGGCGCGAUAUGGCAGCGCUACCAGCUCGCCCCGGCCGGCAGCGGCUCCCCAACUGGUAAUAUCGCUGCCGUCUCUCGCGCUUCCCACACCAUGGAGCUUUGGUUCACGGCGCGCGAUGGUUCCGUACGGGACUAUUACUGGUAUGAAGGCGGCAGCUGGCAAAAUUUCCAGCUCGCUCCGCCAGGGAGCGCCUCGCCCAGUGGCGGGAUUGCUGCCGUCUCGCGGGCCCCAAACACCAUGGAGGUCUGGUUCGCGGGGCUGGAUGGAUCGGUAAAGGACCAUUACUGGUACGAGGGCGCCGGCUGGAAGAAUUUCCAGCUGGCCCCUCCCGGAAGUGCCGCCUCUUCGGGAAGCAUCGCCGCGGUCUCGCGCGCUUCGCACACCAUGGAGGUCUUCUUCAACGGCCGGGACGGGUCAAUCAAAGACUACUACUACUACGAGACGGGCGGCUGGAAGAACUUUCAGCUAGCGCCGCCGAAUACUGCCUCGACAACGGGCGGAAUAGCUGCAGUCUCUCGUAUUCCAGACUCUAUGGAGGUCUGGGCUAUCUGCCAAGACGGAUCUGUGCAUGAUUAUUAUUGGUACGCCAGUGAAAACGCCAAUGGCGGAUGGAGAAACUUCCAACUGGCGCCACCUGGCAGUGCGGCAAAAUCGGGUGGUAUAUCUGCAGUCUCUCGUGAGCAAAACACAAUGGAAGUCUUCUUUACCGGGCGCGAUGGGUCGGUCCAAGACCAUUAUUGGUACCUGGGCAGCGGGUGGAGGGGUUUUACACUUGCGCCGCCGAAUUCAGCUGCUCUAUCCGGCGGUAUCAAGGCCGUUUCGCGUGCGUCAAACACUAUGGAGGUUUGGUUUGUUGGAAGGGAUGGAUCAACCAAAGAUUAUUAUUACUACUAA